AUGUAUCUCUCUCUCCCUACGUUGACUGUUCUUAUUCCACUGGUCUCUUUAGCAGGACUGUUUUACUCAGCCUCUGUGGAAGAAAACUUCCCCCAGGGCUGCACUAGCACAGCCAGCCUUUGUUUUUACAGUCUGCUCUUGCCGGUGACCAUACCAGUGUAUGUGUUCUUCCACCUUUGGACUUGGAUGGGUAUUAAACUCUUCAGGCAUAAUUAAUGCAACCAGAGCCAAGAUGGCAUAUAUAUAUACAUAUAUUCAUGAUAUGUCUUGGGCAUCUAUCUCUGGAAGCUCAGCAAGGUGGAAAUACUGGAGACCCAUUUAGUCUGCAGGAAAGAUGCUUCGCCUGGCUUGUGUCAGGCUUAGCACUCUGGGAGGCUCACGCGGCACAAGCUUCUGUCAUCACACUCUUGUUCUGCCCUUGUUUUUUGAAGGUUCUGACUUACAACUGCUGUGUCAGAAGAAACGUUUUGACAAAGUGUCUUGUUGGAGAUUAACACCCCCCACUCAGUCAUCAUCUGAUGACUGUUUCUCACCCUUUGAUCUAAAAGUUGGUCAUUUGGAAUUUUGUUGGCUUGUAUAGCUUCAAGGUAUUUGAUGAAGUCACACAUUACAGAUGACUGAAAUAAUUCCAAAGGAGCUACGUUCAAAUGGUUGUAGAGAAAUGCAUUUGCACUAGUGUGAUUAUAAAACCAUACAAUAAAAUGGAAAUUUCAUGUACUUACACAAA